CUGGGCUGAGUCUACCCGGGGGGAAAGGCUGAGCAUCAAAUGGAAACUCCUUUCGAGAACAGAUCCGUUCCCAGUUCGGUAGACGCUCCGUGCCGCUCGGAGAGCACUUUCCUGGGAGCCGUUUCGGUUCGCCGGCGCAGAGCUGACUGCCCGGCUUGACCCUGGAAUGGUUCCGGCGCCUGAGACCAAAGCGACUUUGGUGGGCGGCCGGGUUGGUCGGAAGCGUCACCUUUGAGAGCAACGAAGCUUUGGCCAAGAACCCAUGCUGAAUCUGCCUCAAUGACAACAGCAACCUCCAGGAAAGCAGAUCCUUCAGGAUGGCUCGCACAGUUUCUGCCUUUGGAGUUCUGCUACUUUUGCUUGGACUCUUGCUUCCCACAGCAGAGGGGGGCAAGAGGAACCGUGGGUCACAAGGAGCCAUCCCUCCUCCAGACAAAGACCAGCCCAAUGAUUCAGAACAGAUACAGAAGAAGCCAGGCUCCAGACCCCGAGGCAGGGACCGAGUCAAAACACCAUCUGCUGAAGAAGUGCUGGAGUCCAGCCAAGAGGCACUGCACGUCACAGAGCGCAGGUACCUGAAACGGGACUGGUGCAAAACCCAACCACUCAAGCAAACCAUCCAUGAGGAAGGCUGCAACAGCCAGACCAUCAUCAAUAGAUUCUGUUAUGGCCAGUGCAAUUCCUUCUACAUCCCAAGGCAUAUCCGCAAAGAGGAAGGCUCUUUCCAGUCCUGUUCCUUUUGCAAACCAAAGAAAUUCACUACCAUGUCAGUGACACUGAACUGCCCAGAACUCCAACCCCCCAGCAGGAAGAAGAGGAUCACACGAGUGAAAGAAUGCCGCUGCAUAUCCAUAGACUUGGAUUAAGAGGUGCCAUGUCCCCUCUUGAAGAGUAAGUGCCUGUUAGAGUGCCAAGUGGGGACACAAACCAAACCAAUGUAUGUUACCUGUGUGCAAUUAUGACCUUUUACAUCCUAUGAAAGCAUGCUCUGGAAUGACACAUCUACUUAUGCCUGUAACCCUGUUCCUAGGUUCAGUAUCUCACUAAUUCACUCUUAUGUCAGGAUUCUUGUUUUUGUGGCUUUGGUUGGUUGGUUGUUUUCUACCAGAAUGUAUGGCAUUGAUAAUUUGAAUUGCCUGUUGAAAGUGAGGGCAUUAAUGUGUUCUAGAUAUUGAAAACAUAUUCCAAAGAAAAUGUUAAAGGAUGUACUCAUAUACAGUUUACAGAAACUGCAGAUUAUACUGAAUUACAUUAUAAUGAAAAAUGGUGUCAUUAGAAUUUGUAAAUAGGAAGGGUGGUUGGAAAAUGCUCUGGAGGGGGUAAAAGAAAGAAGAAUAUUAAAAACUAAUAUCUAAGAGGAAAUGUGAGAGACUGGAAAGACAGAGGAAAAUGAAGAGAAUAAUACAAUAAAUGGGAAGCACUAUGCAUCAUCACUUUAUUGAUGCUUGUGAAUGUAUUUAAUAUAAUUGACUACAAUCUUGCUAUAUUCUGUGAAACUAACUGUAAUAAUUUGGCAUUUUGCUUUUAUUGUGGCUACACAUAUGCUUCAAUGCUUGUCUACAGUUCUGCAUGUCUAUAUGUGUGCAUACACUGUCUCAAAGUACAUACACCGGCUCAAAGUAAUUCAGCAAACAAUGAGGAAACAGGAAAAAAAUUAAAACAAAUGUUAUAGGAUUUCUAAUGCUGUAAUUUUGUGAAGGGAAAGUGUACACAAUUAAUGAACAAGAAGAUAAUGUCAGCACUGCCACAGGCAUGCAGUUUGGAGGGGACAAAAAAGAGAAAAACACAAAUUUGCCAAGAUAAAUCCAUAGAAUGGUGGACUAAAAAUAACUUACCGUAGACUAGAAUUUGGAAUAAGGUACGGUGAUAGUAUGUAAAGAGUCCGCUACUGCCCAAACAUGACCAAAUAGAGUGGCAUCUUUGCAUGCAGGGAUUUUGAUGAAUGCCCCUUGUUGAAGUCAAGCUCAUGGAAAUUCUUAGGAGACCUCAGUGGUGUCCAUGAAAAAAUGCUGAGAAGAGGACAUCUACCUGAACUAUAAUGCUUCCUUAACUUUCUUUUUCAUACUCUUUAAAGCGAUCUGCUUGCUCCCAUCCGUUCACUUGUUUCAUUCAGAAAAUGUAAUAUGCUUGAAGUGUGCUGGGACCCUGUCAGGAAAGAUGGGCACUAACUUCUUCCUCCUCAGCAAUGCAUUUUACUUGAGCCUUUUGUUAUAAUGAGGUAAUUUACAAUUGAUUACUUUUAUUUCAUGUACAGGACCCUCACAGAUUAAUUCCUGUCAUAGUCUGGAGUUUAGGAUGUCCUGCCUGGGUCUCCCCUGCUCCUGUUUCUCACUGACCAAAGCAGUCAUCUCUCCUCCUGUGUUCUCUGGAGCAGGAAACCACAACUACAUCCCAUUUACUUAGCAAGCCAACAGUCAUAUAACCACCAACUGCAUGGUAAUUUGGCAGGCCCAAGGUGCCAUUCUGCUUCCUAUGUGGGUCAAGUCUACAAACAAUCCAUACAGUCAUGUGCGAUACUUCUAAGCGGCAAUCCCUGAAUCAGUGGUAGACCAGCUCUACCCUGGGACCCAUGUGAGGAAAGGGAAGGAGAGUACAGGCAUGCUACUUAUUUAUAUGUCCUUUGAAAAUUCUCUUUUGUUAGAACACAGAAAGUGCCAAAAAUAUGUCUGGCAUCGUAUCAAUGUUGAGGCCAUUCCUGUUUAGCAGCCACACACAUCAAAGAGAAAUAACAGUCUCACAGUUACUGUUCUUUCUAUAGUGUGGCUCCAGUCCUGUGCUAGUCGUGCCCAACAUUUAGGGUCUAGGAUGGUAAUACAUAUGUCUUAACUAAAUGGUUUCAGACUUCAUUUCUUUGCAGGUUAUUUUUUGAAACCUGAUUUCUGAGUUACAGGAGAUAAUUUCCACUGUGUGGAAUGUGAAUAGUUAAGCCAAAAGAUAUUUAAUGGUAUUUCCAUUUGCAUAUUAUCAGAGGGAUUUCCUCUAACUUCCCCCCCCCCCAGAAUUAGGCUAAAAACUCCCCUCUCUUUGAGCUGUUGAGAGGUUUAUGCUAGUUCUUGCUUCUCUUCCUCUAUUUGGUACACAGCACACAAAGCAAUACACACCUCAGGCUUUUUAAAAUUUAACUUUUCAUACCGGAUAAUACUUUUGAAGCAAGACUUGUACAUACAAGGGGGGAACAUUGGUUAUCUAUGCAAAAUAAUCAAAGAAUGCCCUCAGACAAAAAAAAUUGCAGGUUUUUAAAAUAGAGGCCUUUUUGAAUGGGUUUGUUAAGAGAAAAAAGCCCUCUGACUUACAAAUAAUUUGUUUUAAGCCUAUGUAUUUAAAUGCCUGACCUUUUCUUUAAGAAACCACUUCAAACCCAUUAUGUGUUUUUGUAGAGA